UAAAAAUCAUCUAGCAAAAGCAACAGCGCAGUACUACCUUAUGAACACAAGAUUGACCCGCCAUGGCGUCCGGCCGUGAGCAAGACAGCGAGCAAGUGGUCCCUGAUGAAGGUGAAAAAGAAGAAGAUGACGUUUUGGCCGUCCAGGCCCGAUACUUGCGCAGCCCAUCCCCCACCAACUUCUCCAUGGUCUCAGACGCCUACACAGAGAGCAUCUUCAUGGAACCGAUCCACCUAUCAUCCGCAAUAGCCGCCAAGAAGAUUAUAAGCGAAGAACUGAAGACCAAGGAGGUGAAGGUGGAGCCGAUGAGCCCGGGCCUCCUGGAGUCCGCCGAGCAGCUCCUGGUGGAGGACCUCUACAACCGGGUCAAGGAGAAGAUAGAUGACCGCAGCUUGUUCAACACCCCGUGUGUCCUGGAUCUGCAGAGGGAACUCCUCAAGGACCACAUGGAAUCUCCACUCAACGAAGUCGAUGAAGUCUGGCCCAAUGUCUUCAUCGCUGAGAAGAGUGUGGCGGUCAACAAGGGACGUCUGAAGCGAAUGGGCAUCACCCACAUCCUCAAUGCCGGACAUAACACCACCGUCUUCACCGGGCCCAACUUCUACACCGGGAUGGAAAUCCAAUACAUGGGCGUGGAGGUCGACGACUUCCCUGACUGUGACAUCUCCAAGUUCUUCCGCCCGGCCGCUGAGUUCCUGGAUGAGGCGCUUCUGACCUACAGGGGUAAAGUUUUGGUGAACAGUGAGAUGGGGAUGAGUAGAUCUUCCGUCCUGGUCGCAGCCUACUUGAUGAUUUUCCAUCACAUGACUAUCCUAGAGGCCCUCAUGACCUUACGCAAGAAACGGGCCAUUUACCCCAAUGACGGUUUUAUAAUGCAGCUUCGAGAGCUCAACGAAAAACUGCUGGAAGAACGUGAAUAUUCUGACGGAUUAGACGACGGCGACACCAAUAGUCAGGGCUCGGUUGUAGAAGCCAAGACACACUCUAUAGUGGUAGAAGAAGAAGACGGAGAGAGCAUAAUGGGAGCCAAAGUUCAUUCUAUUACUUUUGAGGAAGAGGACACGACUAGCAUUAUGGGGAGUGCCAUGAGCAUGGCAGGAAAGUCAAGUGUAGUGUCCAAGCAGCCGACACUCAUCGACGAGGAUGAGGAAGAGAAAAUCUACGAAGAAUGGAGAAGAAAACAAGGACUUCCACCAAGGGAAAUACCGAAGAAGGAAAACGAGCAAAUCAUGAAACUUCCGGAAGAAGGAGAUGUGAGCGACGACGACCUAAGACAGAUGAUUUAUAACUGGCAGAAGGAAAAUGCCAAAUAUCAUUCCGUUGACCCCGGAGAUGAUGGAAGUUCUAUGAUGAGUGAGAGAUGUUAUACACCGAGUGAGAUCAGUGACGUGGAGAGUGUCACCUCCCAAGAGAUUCGGAUGUUGAAACAACAAUUUGAAGCAAGUCGAAGGAACCGAAUGGCCCGAGGACGUUCUGACUCCGAAUCAACUGAAAGUACCUGGGAUAUGUGGAACCAAAGACUCAUGGAGAUCGAGAAGGAAGCCGUAUCAAAGAGUGAUGAGAAGGACAAGAAGAAGGAGAAGGAUAUCGAUGAAGAGAGCCUGUGCUCGGAAGCGAGUUCUCUAUUCAACUUUUGUAAAAAGAACAAACACAAGUUGACUCCUCUGGAAAGGUGGAAAAUUAAGAGAAUUCAGUUUGGGUUUCACAAGAAAGACUCGGAAGCAUCGGAUGGCCAAACCAAAGAGGAGAAUGGUGAGAAGAAAGAUGAAGACCAGAUGAGUCAAUCGGAUGUAAACAUAUCGGCUUACCAGGCCUGGAAGAUGAAGCACCAGAAGAAAGUAGGCAACGAAAAUAAGGAUGAAAUUGUGGAACUGGCCAAAGGAGAAGACACUGCAAGUAUCAAGCGCAAACAGAGGCGGGCUGAGAUCUUAGAACGUUCUAAGCAGACCUUGGAAGAAAGCCAAUCUAUGUGUGGUUGGGAUACUGAAAGUUCUAUAAGUGGUACCAUCCCAUUGUCAGCGCUAUUCCAGACUGCUCCGUCAUCUGGCAGUGGUGAUGCCGCCUCAGUGUUGAGCAUGCAGAGCAACAGAUCCCAUCAGUCCCAGGCUAGAAGCACUGUCAGCCAAGCACAAGUCCCUACAACAGUCAACUUACCACCUGGGGCAGAUGCUAUUUCCAUAGCGGGUAUUCAGAACUGGAUAGCCAACGUAGUGAACGAAACCAUUGCUCAGAAACAGAACGAGAUCAUGAUGAUGUCCCGUGCUUCUUCAGCCAUGAGCAUGGCUUCCGGGGACCUUGGAAGAAGGGCAGAUGAUGAUAGAUCUUCCAUACUUAGUGCGGCAAUAGGUUCAAGUCUCUCAGGUACGGCAUUUCAGCAACGUGACCAUAAAAGCUCAGACUCAGUGUUGUCUUAUAAUACAUCAACCGGCUCAGCUACAAAUAUACCAAGUACUAAAAGAAAAAUUACCCAAACGAGUGUCCCACUUUUUGGACUGUAUAUGGAUGACGUGGAUCUAAAAAAGCUCAACCAGAAAGAAAACGAAAUUAGAGAAGAGUUGACCGAGAAGCUGACCCAGUAUCGAAAGGAAAAAGUCGUCUCUGACAACAAGCGAAGCUACAUGUACAGAAAGAAAAAGGCUAAAGGCACCGAAGAGGAUGAUGAAGACGAAGAGAAGGAAAGUGUUCUGAGCUCGAAAUUCCAAAGUUCUAGGUUGUCCUCAAAUCAAGAAUGGAAAAAAUCUGAAAAAACAUCUUACCUAGGUAACCUCAGCCACUUUUCAGGUGCCAACUCUACAAGUUCAGAUGUGGAAACCAAUGUAAGCAAAUGGCUGAGUGGUGUAAACGUAGAAAGGGCCUCAUCAUCUUAUAGUGAAAGAUCUUAUGAAAAGUCAAAAAGAUCCGAACAUGAGCAAGAAAUUAACUCUCAGAUCAACGGGCACUCAAGGAAGCCUUCCGAACAAGACAAAGAGGACUAUACGUCUCAUCAGAGCUACAGGGACUCCACCAGGGCCACAUCCAGAUUCUCAAUGUCUUCUGAAGAAGAGUACGAUGUCAGACGCACUAAAGUCUACGAAUCCCAAAGCCCUGAACCCUACCUCAGUAACCGCGUGCGAGAACACAAUGGGUUAGAAGACGUCGAUGUACCAAACACUAGACCGCCUAGAAGAAGUCACCUAACAGAUCAUGAAGAUUCCGAUGUCUCAAACAGGAUGGAUCUGGGAUCCACAAGAGGAAGGUUCAAGAACGAUGAAGACGAGAAGAAAGACACCUUGGAAAGUGACAGCUCUGGAGAGCGAUGGUCUCGGAAUAGAAAGACCAAAGAAGAAACGGAGGAAAUGGAUGAUGACGACAUAAUCGCUGCAUGGAGGAGCCGACAGGAGGAGAUGAAAGCAAGAAUCAGGAGGUGCAAGGAGGAGGACUGAAUCACUCCAGACUGCAGUCGAGGAUAACUAGAGGUUUUCUAUGAAAAAUAAGUCUGUGAUAGCUGAAGUGGACUAUUCCAUUUAGCUGCCCGGUUCUCUUCUCUUUUGGCUCCUUUGUAGCCUUGGCAACAGGUUCAAAGGCCCCUUGAGUUUUUUGUAUUGCAGUAUGUAGGCAGAAUGUGCCCUGCCAAGCUCUUGGCAACAUUUUAUGUGUCUCUCAAAGGUUUUUUUUCUUCCACUUUAAAAGCUGAAUUAGUAAAUCAUUGAGAAUUCUACAACCUUUUAAAAUACUUUGUUUCCAUGUUUUGCUUCCUCAACAUUUUUAAUAUUUCUGCUUGCUGCUAAAGAAAGAGAGCACUCCUGUAUAUAUUCAGAGGUAGUAAUCCUGCACAUAGCUAGUCCUGCUCUCAGCUGAGAAGUGAUACAAUUGUUUCCCGUCUAGACAAUGCUCUGUGAGCUAAACAUCCUGCACUCCAGACUGAUACAUUGUACAUAGCUAGUCCUGCUCUCAGCUGAGAAGUGAUACACUUGUAUCCAGUCUAGACAAUGCUCUGUGAGCUAAAC